AGUCGCGGUCGUCGAUAUUUCUGCGGCGUUUUCCGACAGACCAUCUUCUUCAGCCUUGUGACUUGUUGUACACUGCGGAGAAAGGAAAGAGACUCUAGAAGUUCGUCUUUCCCCGACGGUUUUUCGUACCCCGCGACCGGGUGUCUUUGCUGCGUUGACUCGCGAGCGACGCUGUAGGCGCGACCAGCCACGACAAGGGCGCCGGUCGCGCAAUUUGCAGCGGUUUCGAUUUCGCCGUCCUGUCAUUGGCAAGAACGCUUUUGUUUCCACAGGAUUUCUUUCUUCCCGGCUGACCCUUUCUUGCUCGUUUCUACCGCGACAUUUACACUGCGUCCUCAAACCCUCUGUUUCCCCCGAAGGAAAAAACGAUCUGGAGAAAGCCGCGCUAGUUGCCUUGCCGCGAUAUCUUUGCGUGGGUUGAACGCGUAGCGGAGAGCGGGGCCGGCAACUUGUGCUUUUCUUUUCUUGCAUGUCUCAACGCCUCGCGAAACCCAAGUUUCCCGGGGGUUUUCUGCCCUUGCAGCUCGUGCCGCGGCGCUGCCACCUUGCCAACUCGCGUGAGAAAGAUGUCGGACGCCGGGACCCCGCCCGCUGUCCAGGGAGAGCUCUCCCAGCCUCAGGAGAGAGUAGAGGUGGUUGUCCAACCCAUUUCCGAGUCUCCAGAUGCGUCGUCCGAAGCUGAACAAGCAGGCGUAGCUGCAGGUGCGUUCCACGCCGAAGUUCCGUACCCGUACCCGCCAGUGUCAACAGGGAUGCCUGCGCCUGAACAACCUGCAGAAAUGCACCUCCCCGCAAACGGCCAGCUGCCUGAGAUCGCCGAGGGCGCCGAAACUGAGGGCCUGGCGCCGGUCGCGCGACCUCCGCCGCAGGUAAUGACCGCACUCGGCCCGAUGCCGCUGCCUCCAGAGGUCCGACAGAAGAUUCCCGAAAAGUUCGUCGCAAAGCCGAUCGUCGAGGAGCGAGAGAUCUACGUGUCGAAAAAGGAAGUACGCGAACGCACGAUCGAGGUGCCCCACGUGCACUACGAGCACAAGUUCGCCGAGGUUGCGCGGAGUCUGAAGAUCAAGAAACUCGUCCCGCGCGUCCGGGAGGUCGUCAAGGAAAUCCCGCGCGAGGUCUACAAGCCAGUUAUCGAGGAGAAGGUGAUCGAGGUGCCGCAGGGCGUCAAGUACGUCGAGGUGCCGGUCGAGGUCCCUUGCCUGUACCCACCCAAGAUCGUCCCGAAGCCAAAGGUCCAGGUCAUCGAGCGCAUCGUGGAAACCAUCAAACCCGUCGUCAAGGAGAAGAUCGUCGAAGUCCCGCAAACCGUGGUGAAGCAAAUUCCAAAGAUCAAGACGGUCGAAGUCCCCUACUAUGUCCCGCGCUACGUGGAGAAAGUCAUUGAAAUCCCGUACCAGCCGCCAGACGCGGCGACCCUCCCGCCCUUGAUGGUCGGAGGCUUGCCCAGCCGUGUCAGUGCGACGAUGCCGACGCCCUUCCAGCUCGGCCCCGCACCCGCAGGUCACGCCAACGAAGUCAACUUGCCCUUUGAAGCUCGCGUCGACGUCACCGUUUCCCAGAGCCCCGCAGGUCCGCACUCGCCGCUCAGCGCCAGUCCCCAAACCGGCACUGCCGCGAGCCUGAAACUCGGCCGGCCAGCCACGACGCUUGUGAAUCCUGACCGCAGUGCUCCUGCGAUCGACCUCCCAGAGGGCUUCACCUGGGGGCCGCCGCCCAACGCGCCCCCCGGCACCUUCCCAGCUCCUGCAAUGCCGGGGCUGCCUGGCGCAGCGGGCCUGCCGGUCGGCGCGGCGGACGGCCUGAACAUGCCGCCUAUGAUGAUCACAUGCCCGCCAGAAGUCGGGAACGUGAAGUUCGCGGGCUUCCUGGCCGACCCGGACAUCCUGACUCGACGCGGCGUGAUGGCGUACCAGGGCUUCAAGAAAGAAGGCACCUUUCAAAUGCUCUUCCCUCCCCUCGCGCCGCAGCCGGGCAUCCCUCUCGACCAAACUGGUGCUCCGGACGUGAACACCAUCGUGUCGGUGAACGAGCAGAUGGCGGGCCAGAGUCGCCACCACCUGAUUGAGGACCUCCAGCAACAAGUUGAAAGCGAAUUCGACCAAAAAGUAAACGCGAGCGCCAUGUCCUGCACACCCUGGGCGAGCCCAGCUGUGCAGGAGCGCGAAGUCGUCUACGAGCAGUAGAGGGAGUUCGCGUCGGGGUCGCCGGAAGGGGGUCGGCCUUCGCGGACGGCGCGAGAUGCUUUGGCGGGACAAAGGCGCCUCUGCCGCGCGAAACUCGAGCGACACCCGUGCCCACCUGUAGAAUUCGACAGAUAGCCGCACGCCACCCGGAUAAAUGGACGACGGUCGCUACCACUCGUAGCGAAACCGGGAGAACACACAGGACUUCUGUGGUGGAGGUGGCGUAGAAAGAGCGGCGACGCGCGCGCGCCGCCACCGGGAAACGCCGCACAUCGGCAGAUUUACAGAUUUUUUCGGGAAACAGCAUACGAGCAGGCCAGAACUUCUUAGACACUUUCCCAGCUUUGUUGCAAACACCGUGUGGUACCCGAAGAGGCCCAAGGAGAACGCGUGGGCGCGUUUCGGGCGACGGGGUGGCACGGACCCGACACGAAAAAGUGAGGGGUGCCUCCUCAGAGCAUCAUGGACUGCCGCAUUUGUUUUCUUCAGAGAGCCUGUUGUCAUGCAAGUGAAACAGUGAACUCGAACGUGACUUUUUUCGUUUAAUGCGUGAGCCGUAAGCGAGAUAUUCGGAUCGCC